CUGCUUUGUGUUUAUACAAGGCAGUGGCUGAGAGUUUGUCAGCUGUCAGCUGUUCUGUCUUCUGGUGUGCGCAUUCUGUUUUCGCUUCGCUCUGCGAUCAGAGUUAGAGGAUAAAAGGAGGUGAUGGUGCUGACCGAACCCAGUCAAAAUGUCGUACUUUUUGCAAUUGAAAAUGCUGAUCUGGAAAAAUCUGCUGAUAAGGAAAAGACAAAAGUUUCGAUGUAUCGUAGAAGUGAUCUGGCCUCUCUUUCUUUUUCUAAUUCUGAUGUGGGUCAGAACAAAGGACUUGCGUGAAGACAUUCAUGAAUGCCAUUUUGUGCAGAAAGCCAUGCCAACGGCGGGUGGUCUGCCAUUUUUGCAGAGUUUUUUCUGCACGGCAAACAACACCUGCUACAAGUAUCAGAACGAUUCAGAAAUUUCCAGAGAAUCGAUGAGCAGCUCAUUAUUGGUGAAUCUGAUCAACAGCUUCCAGAAGUUCACUGAACAAGGCGGUCAGUCUCAGAUGCAGAAUUUGAUCCUGGACAGCAGGCAGAUGACUCAGAUUGCUGCUAAACUUGCUGCCAGCCAGGGUGAACUGAAGCUGGGUCCCCUGAUUAGGAAUAGAACCGCCUUCAAAGAAGACCUGGACGAGAGAAAUGUGUCUCUUAGUCAGUCUGCCAUCGACUCUCUUCUCUCUUCUCGUCUGGCCUUUCAUUCUUUGUCACCGGACCAGUUGACAUUGUUGAGAGAGAACGCCUCAGUCAUUUUGUGUGACGAAACACUGAUGCAAGACGUCAUAGUUGAACAGCAGCAGAAUAAUGGCAACAGUAGCGCUCUCUACGGUGAACUUUGCGAACUAAGCACCGACGAAGCUCAAAACUUUGUUGCGGCUGUCAUAAGGCACAGCAAUUCGGCCACAUUGGCUCAACAGGUAUUCACUUUUAAAUAUUUAUUCAAGGUUAAGGCAUCGAAUAAAACUACUUGUAACUUUCUCAACCAUUUAAGCCUGAUUUUCACUAGUAGAGCUAGUGGUCGAGACGCUCCAUGUUCGAGUCCAUGUAGUGUAGUCUCGAGUAUGUAUAGACAGGGAAGGGUCAGAAUCCUUGCACUUUGGAACAGUGGCCUCCAAGGGGUUCUGGGAGGUUUCCCCAGCAUCAUCCUGACCACUCGCUUCUGUGCCUUGAAUACUCUGACAAUUCCAGUUGAUGAGCCCCAGAAGAUCAAGCCGUAUGUUAGUAGAGGUUGA